GUCCUUAUAAAGCAUACAAGUUCAGUAAGCCAUGUGGGCCCUCAAAGCAGCAAUCACCUUCGGGCUUCUCCUGCCCCCAACACUGGCUAAUCGCCUUUACCUUCCACCGGUCUACCACAAUGGCAGUGUCGAGGUUGAGGGCCUUUCUGUUCCCGGCAACCUUGACGGUUUUAAGAUGGGAACGCCGGCGAACAGAAGUUCCUUUGACUUUUGGUACUUUGAUGCCUUUUCUAGGAAUACUAGCGCGGCCAUCAACAUCGUCUUCUUCAACACAGGCGACUUUGCUGCGAACCCGCACCCAUUGACGGUUCAAAUCUCUGGAACCUCGACAACGGUACCCAAUUCUCCGGAGAGGCCCUGGCGUCCGGAGGCGCUCUCAUGACCAAUGACGAAGGUGGAAUUACCGGAAACUGGCUCGGCUCGGGGGCCAGCUUCCACGGUACCAACCUCGAGAAGCCUAACGUCGAGUACGUGGUGAAACUCAACUCACCUAACAUGGGUGUGCAGGGCACGUUUCGGUUGAAAUCCCGCGCACCACCCCACUAUCCUUGCAACCCAAACGUCGAUGGUCUAAACACCCUCCUCUUGCCCCAUCUCCAUUGGUCAAAUGCUGUUCCUGAUGCUCAGGCCAACAUCGACCUCACCAUCAACGGUACCGAAUUCAAAGUGACUGACGGUGUUGGUUACCACGAUAAGAACUGGGGCGACGCGUCUGUCAUCACCAGUCCCAAAUACUGGGACUGGAGACACGCAAGCCUAGGCCCCUACUCACUGGUCUGGUACGAUCUCCUCGACUACAAUCAUACGGAGCAUGUCUACGUCUAUAUCUCCAAGAAUGGCAAAAUCAUGCACAAUAACUGUGCCGAAAAGGCUGUCGAAGUGCGCCAGUGGGGUGCGAAUGCCACAUACCCGCCCACUAGUGGUAUUGCCGCCAACGAGGGCUUGACUGCUCGGUUUGAUCUAGGUGGUGGUCAGGCCUUUGUCGCGAACCUAACCAAGGAGGUAAUCAUUCACGAUCAGAUUGUGUAUGCGAGGGCGUUGGGCUCUGUCACCGGUGGAAUUGAGGGACAGGAGCAAUACCAGGGCCGGGGGGGCCUACGAGGAGUAUGUCUAUGGGCUGUUAUACGGCAGGUCUUGAGGACAUAGUGUAUGAUGCUUUCUGGCAUUAUUUUCUCAGAUGCUGUUGGACGUACUUGGUCUUGCGAUCGGACAUGCUCUCUGCUCGGAGCGAGGAUGAGAAUCAGGAAGGAGUAGGUGGAUCACAGGGUGCUCGGAGGAUAUGAUUAACCAAUAGGAGAUACCAGUGUCAACAUGUGUUAGAUAGCUUAAUUCAUAUUUUCGCCAAUUAUACUGCUCAGGACUGACUAAUGAUGUGAGCGGCUCAACCUCGAAUGUCCCUAAGAGACACCUUGCCAUGUACUACUUCCUUUGUUUCGAUCCCUCGGCUGAGGAGGAUAGGGCUCGGUAACCAUUGAUAGGCCUCUUAUAAAACGGAAUGAUAGAGGGUGUGGGAAUGGGUUGGUGCUUAUUUCAACUUAUUGAUGUAGUUUUGAGGCUAGUAAAGGCCGG